AUGGAGUAUGUUUUAGUGCGGAAGAAAUGCUACGAAUCCAAUGAAAAACUUCGCAAAGAAGUGACUGAUCGUGGUGGAGCCAAAUAUUCAAAAGUAGCUGAACUAGCUUUUCGUCAAUGUUUAUCGGCUCAUUUUUUUGUACAAGAUGUUGAUGGUACAUUACUCAGGUUCAAUAAAGAGAACAGUAGCAACGGAUGUAUGGGAACAGUCGAUGUAACUUAUCCAGGUGCUCCAUUUUUUCUUUAUUUUAAUCCAGAUCUGCUCAAAGCUCAACUUGCACCUGUUUUUAUAUAUACUGAAAGUACACAUUGGAAACUUCCUUUUGCUCCUCAUGAUCUUGGAGCUUAUCCACAAGAAAAUGGACAAGUAUACGGAGGAGCGGAAGAUUCCGAAGAAAAUCAAAUGCCUGUUGAAGAAUAUGGCAACAUGAUUAUUCUCACUGUUGCCAUUUAUAAUCGAGUAGUUUACGCAAAAGUCGAUUGGACCGUAUGGACUACUUGUCUUGCUGAAACAAAAGAAGAUUUUCAAGCUCUUGUUAAUCCACUCUAUGAUUUUCUGAAUGUUUCAGAAAGUAGAGUACCUUUUACCGAUUUAUAUGAUACAAAAAUAGGCCGACAAGUUGCAUUCAAAGCACGUAGUGUUGUUGUUGGUGUCUAUUUACCACUGUUAAUGCCAUGUUCAUCCUCUGAUAUACAUACGUGA